AUGAAUACGAAUGGGAACACAAAUAUGACUGUAAAUAUAAAUCUGAAUGUGAGUAUGAGUAUGAGUAUGACUAUGUGUAUGAGUAUACGCAUACGUAGGCAUGUGAAUAUGAUUAUGAAUACGAAUACGAAUGUAAAUAUGAAUAAGAAUGUGAAUAUAAAUCUGGAUGUGAGUAUGACUUUGAGUAUGAAUAUAAGUAUGAGUAUGAGUAUGACUAUGAGUAUAAGUACACGCAUGCUUAAGAGUGUGAAUAUGAAUAUUAAUACGAAUGUGCACAUGAAUAUGACUGUGAAUAUGAACAAGAAUAUGAGUAUGACUGGAAGUAUGAGUAUGAGUAUAAGUACGAAUAUGAGUACGAAUAUGACUAUGAGUAUAAGCAUGCGUAAAAAUGCGAAUAUGAAUAUGAACACGAAUAAGACUGUAAAUAUAAAUCUGAAUGUGAGUAUGACUGUGAGUAUGAGUAUGAGUAUGACUAUGAGUACGAGUACACGCAUGCUUAAGAGUGUGAAUAUGAAUAUUAAUACGAAUGUGCACAUGAAUAUGAACAAGAAUAUGAGUAUGACUGGGAGUAUGUGUAUGAGUAUAAGUAUGAAUAUGAGUACGAAUAUGACUAUGAGUAUAAGCAUGCGUAAAAGUGCGAAUAUGAAUAUGAACACGAAUAAGACUGUAAAUUUAAAUCUGAAUGUGAGUAUGACUGUGAGUAUGAGUACGAGUAUGAGUAUGAGUACGAACAUGAGUAUGAGUAUGAACAUGAGUAUGAGUACACACAUGCGUAGGCGUGUGAAUAUGAAUACGAAUGUUAACAUGAAUAUGAGUGUAAGUAUAAAUCCGAAUAUGAGUAUGACUAUGAGUAUGAGUAUGAGUGUGAGUAUGAGUAUGAGUAUGCGAGAAAAUGUGAAUAUUCAGUAUGAAUAA